AUGAGGUUUGGAGAAGUAUUUGCUCAAUUAGGAUCGGUGAUUGCUGGUUUGAUGUUCUUGAAAGCAAUCUUAGAACAAUACCUACCUCGUGAGCUCAAAAGCUCCUUCGACAAACACUCUCAGAGACUCUUCAAUUUCUUCUCCCCUUACAUCCAAAUCAGCUUCAACGAGUUCACCGGCGAGCGCUUCAGGCGGAGCGACGUCUACGCCGCCAUCGAGACCUACCUCAGCUCCACCUCCGCCACCCAGGCGCGGCGGCUCAAGGCCGAUGCUGUCCGGGACAGCACGCAGGCGGUGUCCCUCAGCUUGGACGACAACGAGGAGGUCGCCGACGAGCACGCCGGCGUCAAGGUCUGGUGGGCCUCCGGCAAGCACGUCGCCAAGAACCAGACGUUUUCCUUCCAACCAGCAAGCGACGAGAGGCGUUUCUACAACCUCAGGUUCCACAAGAAGCAUAGAAGCUUCAUCAUCGAGACUUACCUCAACCACGUGAUGAAGGAGGGGAAGGCCAUCGAGGUGAGGAACCGGCGGCGGAAGCUCUACACCAACAGCGGCGCCGCGUGGAGCCACGUGGAGUUCGAGCACCCGGCCACGUUCGAGACGCUGGCGAUGGAGCCGGAGAGGAAGCGGGAGGUCGUGGAGGACCUGCUGUCGUUCAGCAGGGGCGAGGGGUUCUACAAGAGGAUCGGGCGGGCGUGGAAGCGGGGGUACCUCCUCCACGGCCCGCCCGGGACGGGGAAGUCCACCAUGAUCGCCGCCAUGGCGAACCUCCUCAAUUACGACGUCUACGACCUCGAGCUCACGGCGGUCAAGGACAACACGGAGCUGAAGAAGCUGCUGAUCGCGACGUCCAGCAAGGCCGUGAUCGUGAUCGAGGACAUCGACUGCUCCGUGGACCUCACGGGGCAGAGGAGGGGGAAGAGGAGAGAGAGCGGAGAGGAGAGAGAGAAUGCAGUGCUGCAAUUGCAAAAGAUGGGAAUAGUGGAAGAAAGUGAGGCGAAGAGCAGCAAGAUCACGCUUUCAGGGCUGCUCAACUUCAUAGAUGGGCUGUGGUCGGCUUGCGGCGGGGAGAGGAUCAUCGUGUUCACGACCAACUACGUGGAGAAACUGGAUCCGGCGUUGAUCCGGCGAGGACGGAUGGACAAGCACAUCGAGCUGUCGUACUGCAGCUUCGAGGGGUUUAAGGUUUUGGCCAAGAACUAUGUUGGAGUGGAAUGGCAUGAUUCGUUUCCCAGAAUUGAGGUUUUAUUGGGACAAGUGAAGAUGACUCCCGCAGAUGUUGCCGAGAAUUUAAUGCCCAAAAGCAUACCUGGAGAUGCAGAUGAGAGCUUCAACAAUCUGGUUAUGGCGCUCCACGCAGAGCGCAAACAAAUCUAGCCCUUUUUCACAUUCUUAAUUCUUCUCAUUACCCUCAAAUUCAACCAAAUUUGUAAUUUUCCUGCUAAUUCCUAGACUCAACUUUCUUCUCCACUUGUUUUUAGGUGGGAUGGUUUUUCUUGGUAUUAUUGUUUUGUUUAUAAAGCAGAGGAUUUGAUUUUGAAAA